CUCCCCGCCGACCCAAAUGACGAGGGGAGGCGUGUCGGCUCGGAGCUGUGGCUCCCCACUGUGGACUCCGUGGGCUGGUCAGAGGGAGUGCGAGCCCGAGGCCUGGCCCUCCCCGCCUCCCGUUAGUCCUGCUGCCGUUCCCGCGGACUUGAGGCUCCUUCGCCUGGGCCCUCUCCGGCCAUGAAGCUCCUCUGGCUGACUUUGGCUGCGCUGCUGCUCCUGUCCGCGCUCGCGCCAGGUAGUGCCCAAAGGUGCUGGAAUCUCCAUGGCAAGUGCCGCCGUCGAUGCUUCAGGAAGGAGACGGUCUAUGUUUACUGCACAAACAGUAAAAUGUGCUGUGUGAAGCCCAAGUACCAGCCCAAAAAGAUACCGUGGUCAUUUUAAGUGUGUUAAAGCCUGAAACCAUGAAAACGCAGAUGAAGCCACCCUGAGUCUGACCCCAGUGAACUCCUGAGUUCCAUCAAUAAACACCUCUGGCUGAUCCCUAUGUUUGCAUGUGAGUGCAGUCCAGCAGCUCCCAGGAGAUCUCCUUUCAGGUGGUUUGGGAUGUCAAGACUGUUUUCAUCAUCAUAAUAAGAUACUAUUAUAAUAAGAUAUUAUUUGCCUCUUUUAAGUUCACUCUCUCACAAAUGUAUUCUGGAAUAUACAUGACAUAUGACAUCAUUGUUCUGGCAGCUAACAAAAGAUGUGCUUAUGUACUCUUGUGUUUCUAGAAUGUUCUAAGGUAGAGAAGUCUUAAGAUAUAAGGAUGUUCAUUUUCAGAGAUUAACAUAGUUUGUUCUCAGUAAUUCUACUAUCCUCUUACAAACUGUCUUUGGUUAUAUUAUUAAUCUCUGUAACCUCAUUAUCAUCGAAUAAGCCUUUACUCAGAAAUUCCAAGACUUUCCUUGCACCACAAGACAUAAGAACACUUUGUUGUCUUGGUUUGCUGAGGUAUGUUAACAGUCACACUCCUCGAGCAAGUGUGAGGAAGUGGAGGACCAGAUUGGGCAGGAUGAUCACAGAUGCGCAGCUUGCCAUCUUUGCCAACAUGCUGGGUGUGUCGCUCUUCUUGCUCAUUCUCUACCACGUGUGGCCGUCAACAACCCCAAGAAGCAGGAGUGAAAGUGGCACGCUCCCCAGGGUUCCAGGACAUAGUCUGAGGCACGAUGGAGGGUGUGAGGGGCCUUCACACUUCACCUCAACCCUUCUGCCUAUCAUAACAUACGAAGCAACUACACCUGACGUUUUCCAAACAGCUUUUAUUUCCUCAAAGUCUUCCCUGACCCUAUGGAACAAGAAGCUGCCACUGAAUAGGGCCCAGGCUAGGGACUGCUUUCUUUUUAUUCCCUCCCCCCCAAGAUAAAAAUAUAGA